AUGCUCUCCCGCUCAGCCUCGCUACGAGGCACCAAGCUCCCCCAAAUGUCCAACCUCCGAGACUCGGGGUUGGACGCAGCCCCAGCCGACGCGCUCAAACCAGACGAGCAGGCGAUCGACGAUGUCUUCGCCCAAGUCAAAGAAACCGGCACGCUGGAGGGUGCGGCCCGUCGUCUGGCGGAACUUGCAGCGGCCGAAGAGGGUCCUGGGACGUUGCAACAUCAGAGGCGCCACCAGGCUUGGAUGGACGAUCCCGAGGAAGCCGCGUACUUGGCCCAACAACAACAGCAAGAAGAGGAAGAGGAAGAGGUGGUGGUGGAGCACCUCAAUGAGGUCAUUGAUGGGCUUUGGAUAGGUGACCUCUUCGCGGCUAUGGAUGCUGAUGGGUUGAAGGAGCGCGGUAUUACCAACGUAGUCUCCCUCCUACGCCCCCCACUCCAAUUCGCGCCAGACUUUGCAGUCUUCGCCAUCAUGAUAGACGACGCCCCCGAGACCGAUAUCCUCCGCGAACUUCCUAGUGCCGUUGCCUGGAUCGCCGAGGCGCUCCAACGGCGCGCCGGACACGAACCAGAUCAGAGGGGCUUGGAGCUCCAGAACACUCCCGAGACCAAAGCCGGCGGCGUACUAGUCCACUGCCAAGCAGGAAUGAGUCGGUCCGCAACAGUCACCGCCGCGUUUCUGAUGAGAGAACUACGCCUAGACCCCGUCGAGGCAGUGACGUUUCUACGUGAUCGCCGGUCAGUCGUCGAUCCAUCAGAUACGUUCUGGCACCAGCUGGGAUUGUAUUACCUCGCCGAUGGUCGGAUGACACGCCAGUGGUACCUCUCGCGCACAACGGAUACUGUCAUGAACGACGGCCGCGCCCCUUCAACCGAACACAUGGCGGUCUACCCCUCAACCCCGACUCCCAGCCAGCCCGCAACCCCAGCCGGCGGCCACCGACGCAAGGUGCGGUGCAAGAUGUGUCGCCAGCACCUAGCACUUCGCGAGCACAUGAUGGACCAUAUUCUGGACCAAGCCCCCCUCUCGCGCCCACGCACACCCAGCAACUUUUCGCUUCCUGGGCCGCUCACGGGCUUGAACCUGAGCAUCACGACGGACGACGACGCUCUCGACAUUGACGACGACGAGCCCGCGCCAAAGGACCAGUUGAGCCGCAGGCCGUCGGUGGCCAGCGACGUGAUUAAUCCCCUCACGGGACUGCCUGCUAGUCGGUCGCGUCGCGCUUCACUCGCUUCGGAAACCGGUGGGGUUGGAAGGGCACGCAGUCGGUCCCUCCUCGGUCUGGGCCCGGAUGGGCUGACCAUGACCCGCGCCAACUCUGUCAGCGCAGACGAGGACAAGGAGGGCAAGAGCAGCGAAGACAUCUCACCCACCAAGCCGUCUUUGACGCGCGCCGGGCGGCCCAUUCUCGAUGCGGACCAGCUCGCGGCCCGUCUCCCGCCCCAACUCGCGGCGCUGCGUACUGGCGGCGUCUCCACGCCCUCUACGACCGAUGCGUCGCCUGUUGACAAGCCGGCUGGGCGGCGCCGCGCAAGCUCCGGGCUGCAGUUCACCUCUUCCAUGCCGAAUAUGAGCACUGGAGGGCUCACUGGACCCCCGCCCAUUCUCGCCAACCCAAAGUGCUCGGGAUACUUUGUCGAGCCGCUGACGUGGAUGGAGCCCGUGCUCGCAAAUGGCAGUAUCACUGGCAAGCUCGUGUGCCCCAACCCCAAGUGCGGUGUCAAGAUUGGCAACUAUGAUUGGGCGGGUGCGCAGUGCGGGUGCAAGGACUGGGUGACGCCUGGGUUCUGCCUCUCGCGCAGCAAGGUCGAGGAAGUGUGGUAG